UGAUUGAUCCAUUCACAAAGUAGAAAACGUAAACACUUUCUGGUGGGUGGUGAAAAUUUUCGCGUCGCGUUUCGGUUGUUUCGAGUGGAAAUUGUCCCUUGUUUCCGGUUCCAAUCGGGUCCGAAAUGUUUUAGAACCGCGCGCCCAACAGGUGUAUUCGCAAUGUACUCGGAGUGGGCCUCGCUGGUGCCAACCAUCACGGAAAACAUCACCAACGCACAAUCGCAGAGCGUUCUGGGAAAAUUUGGUAUCGCGGGUGGGCGUGAUGUGGCAGCCGUGGUGGUGAAACAGUUAGCUGGCAAUCUGGGCAUUACGAAUGCGGCCGAACCCAGUACGCUGGUGGCGGAUCAGGAGGUCCAAUGGUGCAUGGACGUGAUUUGUCACGGACUUUCCCUGCCGCUGGCGGAGCACGACAUCAUCAAGGAUUGCGUCAAUAUUUACUGCGAGUGGUUGACGGCGCUGCUGCCCAAUCCGAAAAUCAGCGUUCCGAAACCGAUCUGCGACGAUCCGAACACUUACGUGCGGAGGAUCAUCAAGCACCUGUACAACCUGUUUGUUCCCAGGCCGGGAGAAGGUUCUGAACUGAUUUCGUUUUAUUUCCCUCAUGCUCUACCAGACUGGCCUUUUAUAUAUCAAGAGGAUUUAGGAACCGACACCAUAAACCGGCAGGCCGUUUUCUGUCACCGGGUGCUUAGGACUCUACAAGACACGGCCCAAAAUUCGCAAAUCCUGACGGUGGAAACGUGGGAGGCUUUGUUGCUGUUUCUGCUGGCCAUCAACGAGAUCCUUUUGGCGCCACCGAUCGUCAAGGAUGACGUGGGCGAUCAGCUCUGCGAACGUGUCCUGUCCGUGUUGUUCGAGGUGUGGCUGCUGGCAUGUAGCCGAUGUUUUCCGUCGCCUUCCUUGUGGAAGACUUUCCAAGAAUCUUGCGCCGCCUGGCGCCAUCGGAUAGCUCUCGUAGAGCAGUGGAAUCGAGUUAACUUGGUUUUGACUGCGAAGCUGCUGGAGUUCACCUAUGGACCAGCUUUUCCGGAAAUGAAAAUCAUGGACGAAGACAGCAAUCUCAUACCACCGGGAAUGACCAACGACGGCAUUGCCCAGUCGUGGAUUCGGUUCCUGAAAAUUCUGGGAGCACCGACGGAUCUGUGCUGCCCGCAGGUUAUCAGCCGAACGCCGCAGUUUAUCCAAGCCGUUCUGCUGAACGCGGAUGGAGUGGAACCCCAUUACCACCCGUGCUUGUUGCAGUUGCCGCAGAUUUUCCUGAAAACUAUGAAAGGAAUUGCUGGGCUGGUGGAUGCUUUUCUAGGCAUAUCUCAAUAUAGACAAACCGAUGCAAGCAUCCUGGAAAACAUGAAUCAACUGCAUUUCUACAGUGCUGGAAAUGCGACAGCUAGCAGUGCUGGAGGGAACACAACACCCAACAUCAAUUUCCGACACUCCGGUGGUGAAAUCAAGCAGAGUCCUUCGGUACGAGCCAGCGGCGGCCUUGGCGGGCUAGGUUUAGGCGCGGCCCUGGGAGUAGCGGGAAGUGCCUCCAGUGGUGCUCAAACCAGUCAAACUGAUGGCAACCUCGUCAGCUCCUCUGGAGUUAGUGUGAUCAGCAAUUUCAUCAGUAGUCAUUCCCACGAUGGAUCGCACUUUGGCGGAGGGACAUCCGGAGGUGGCGGAGAAGGAGCACCGAGUUCCCCGACACCGCCGCUGCAGAGGAGACUGGCCAAGAGUUUCAGCGUUGCUCCGUCGAUUUCCGCCCACGCAGUUAUUUCGAUGGCCCACUCCAAGGGUCUGACCAAGAGUUCAUUUAGUGGGUUGACAAGCAGCAGAAGUUCGGCAAACCAAGCCAGUUCGAUACCCCAGUCGACAUCGUUGCCUUCGUCCAAUUUCUCAUCGAUGCUGUCGCUUUGUCAGGAAAACCGCUAUCCUUUGGCUGCUAAUCGUCCACGUUGUAACAGUAUUCUUCACCUCUUCGGUGAGUGGCUGUUCGACGCAGCUCAUAUCGGUGGCGAAACGUGGAUCCAGAACAUGAAAAAGAAAGCAGCCGAAGCAAAACGGCGACCCUCGUCAAUGAUCAUGGACAACCGCAAGGGAAGCCUAUCGCAGCCUCCGUCACUGUCGGAGAUGAGCGACGUUCCACCGGGUCUUACCAUCGAUAAGUACGAAUCCGGCAAGGCGGAAGCCGUCGGUGCACUGUGUCGCAUCUUUUGCGCCAAGAAAACGGGCGAGGAAAUCCUACCGGUGUAUCUGGCCCGGUUCUAUAUGGCUCUGCAGCAGGGGCUCAAGUUGAACGACUCCAAAGAGUGCGAGGAAACGCUUGCCAGUAUUCUGUACAACUCGUCCGAUCUGUUCCGGAUCGAUUUGGAGGGUAUUCAGGUGUUGCUUCCGUCGUUUAUUGCCGCACUGGAAUUGAUCCUACCGGAGAAGGAAUUGCGCAUGAAGUCCAAUGUCAUAGUGAACAAAACGGAACUGAGAAGAGCCGCGAUCAAUGUGCUGUUGUCUAUUUUGGCGCUACCAUUGCACUUCCAAACGCUUUCGAUUAGGGAUAUCACCGCAGGACCAGCCGAUAAGAUGAUCACCUUUGUCCAGCUGAAGCCACGUAUGAUUAACGUUCUGAUGAAUGCGUUGCAAGUCGAGAACGAUCCACAGAAUACGCACAUGCUGCUGGGCGGUCUCCAUCUGUGCGUACAGGAUUCCGGCACGUUUGAAGAAAUGGAACUUGGGCCGGAUGUGUUGCAUGCUUCUCAGCAAUCCAACGACGCUAAUUUGCUGAGCUCAGCCUGCUCGGAGAAGAGUACGUACUCGAUCAAUAGCGCCAAUUCCAGCAUCGGAGGCAACAGCACCGCCACGCUUAGCAAUGAGCCCUCUAGUUUGCCGGCUUUCGAUGAUUUCUCAUCCGACAUUUUUCAUGAUUUAGAGUUGAGUUCGUCCGCUGUUUAUGAUAGCGGACAUGCUCUCUUUGUACGAGCCACAUACUUGGUAUGCCACCGGUUAAUUUCUUCGUGGAAAACUGACCUAAAUGUUUCGUUGGCUGCACUGGAGUUGCUUUCCGGAUUGGCCGCUAUGCACAUCAAAGAUUCCGAUGCCCUGGAAUGCAAACGUGCCGUCAAGUGGAUAUGCGACUACAUCUGCUAUCAGUGUUCGAGGCCGCCUCCGGCGCACAGCAAGGAUCUCCACAGCACCAUCGUGGCCGCUUUCCAGUGCACCUCGUCGUGGUUGAUGCAUCAUCCGUAUCUGCUUCAGGACAAGGAGUGCCUAACCACGGUUCUGGAGGUGGUUGAGCUGGGAAUUUCCGGGUCCAAAAGCGUAGGAAAACCUGGCGAACCCGUCAAGCAUAAGGAUGAGAAGGAGCUCAAGCCAGCGUCCAUGCGAGUACGGGAUGCUGCGGAAAAUCUGCUCACGUUGAUUCUGGAGCAGAUUGACUACUUUCCCAAUGAGUGCGGAAAGCAGUCGCUGUCUUCGUUGUUGGAUGAGGUAGUCCUCGCAAAGCAUUCCAAUACCAACGGCGAAGACACCUCGGAAAUCAACCAAGAGCAAGCGAUUCGAAAGUUUAAGUACUUUGUAACGGAGAACUCCACUAUUUUGGCGCUCUUCGAAGAACCUUUGGGAAAUGACCAAGAUCCUCAGCCAACUGUCACUAUUCUGAUUCGCGGACCUUUCGGACGGCAUGCAUGGACGAUGCAGCUACGGCAUCUGUCUCGCAGCAAAUCCGGUACCAAAUACCACGCUCCGAACCCCGGCCGUCCGGUUCCCAUGAACGACAUUAUGAUUCGGCAGGAAGUGGAGUACAAGUACUUCCCUGACUCAGUUGAUCGCAUUCCUCCGUGCGUAGUUGACUAUUCAAUCCCAACGCUGGAUACAACGGAACAAAAGAUCGGAAAUCAGUCCACAAAACACCUAGCGCGAUUGCUGGAAGAUCAGCUGGUGUACGAGAAGCUCUCCUGGGCCCAAACUGAAUGUUCAGUGGAUGGUUUGGGACAUGCUCAGGAAGCCACUGCUCCCAACGUGUGUCACGAAUUCCAAGCAGCGCGUCUCUUUCUCGCUCACUUCGGGUUCUUGUCGAUCGGACAAAACAACGCUGGUCAGAAGAUGUUAACUGCUCUGGACACUACCAAGACGGAGUUCAGUCAUGAUUUGCAGAUGCUGGACAAGAUGAGCCCCCGAACCUGCGAUACAAUCCAUGUGUUCUACGUGAAAGCCGGUCAAUCUUCGGAAGCGGAUAUCAUCGGCAACAUGGACCAGGAAAAUCUCUCUAGCAUCGAUGUGCAUUUCUGGAACGUUCUUUACACCCUCGGUUGGCCAGUGAAUGUAGAGGAACAUGCCGGUUGGACAGGUUUCAUAAAUUCCAGCUGGAAAAUUCCCAAGGAGAACAAACAUCAACGCAAGUCACAAACUUUUAAUUCUUCCAACAUUGAAGAUCUUCAGUUGAACGGAGAAAAGAAAGUUCUCUAUUGGGCUGACGUUGCUUCCGAAAUAGCCAUCGUUGUUCCGAAUCGCUCCAACAAGAGCGAAGUUUACUUGGAGGACACCACAGACGGCAAUCCCUUGACCACCUACGAGCGAAGUGUAAGCGAAAUCCAAGCUUCCAAAGCCGCCUCCAGCAAAUCACGUCAAUACUCUUUAGACAAUGAACCGCCCAGGUUGGGAUCGAUGAGCAGCAAAUCAGCUGAUCCGAUUCCCCCGGUUCGAAGACGAACGGGAGCUUCCAAACCCACAACGCUGUACACGGCACCCACAGCGAAAAUUCUUCUCGUUUGGCUCGAAAGCUACGAGGACCAUCUAACAUUCCCGAUCGAUGAUUUACUCCACUACACGCGUGCCGGCUACACCACAGCCCAUGGCCCGAUCGCUCCUCUGAAUUCCAACGAAUGUCACAUCAUUUUCCUGCAUGCCCUCAACUCCGGACUGCUACGGGUCAAACUGCACGGUCCGGCCGGAAGGAUGAACUUCGCCAUUCCACUGAUCGACGGGAUGGUUGUUAGCAAGAGGGUGAUCGGAUCGUUGAUCCGGCAGACGGCCUACAAUAUGGCCAAACGCCGGCGACUGGAUAAUGACUCUUACCAGCCACCGCACGUCAGGAGGCGCAUCAAAGUUCAGGAAAUGAUGCAAAAAUACAAAAAGGAUAUGACCGAGCCGGAACUGCUGGCGGAUCUGUUCAAACCUUCCAUCUGAACAAACUCUCGUUUGUGCUGAGAGCACUGAUAGAUUAACAAGUAUUACAUAUACCUAUAAAUGCCUUUUGUCUACGCGUAGCAGCCAGCAAUGCAAUAUUUUGGCUUUCGUCCACUUAUGAAUGUAGGUUUUAACGUUAAAGCAGCAUUUCUAUUUUAUUUAUUUAACUUUAAUUAUUUAAUACUUAUCUGUUAUGUAAGAACCUUAUAUGUAUCGUUUGUUCUCACUGUAAUGCACGUGGAAUAAUAUUUUUGUACUCCGGAGCAUAAUAAAACAGCAAUUCUAAACCAUU